GACAGAGAGGGAGAGAAUGUCAUAAAUGUUUGGUGGUGGGACAGAGAAGACUUCCCAAGGAUACCCAUGCAAGAGGGAGCAGUAAUGAACUAGAUCUCAGACUAGGUCAGAGAUUUCAGCUUCUAAGCAGGCAGAGCAACUCUGUUUAAAUCCAAAUGAGGUGGAAAGUGUGAGCUAAGGCCUCCCAGAGUGAGCAGGUGAGUUUUAAGGUGAAAAGGAAGGACACUGAGAGGUGACAGGUUCAUAUGCAGAACCAGUCUGGCUCCAGUGUGAAAUCAGAUUGGGUGGACCUUGAGGGGAGUGGGGAGAAUAAGCCCAUUCGCUUCCUCAUUUUAAAAUUAGAUCUAUUCAUUUUGUUUCAUGUGUGUUUUACCUGCAUGCAUUUAUGUGCAUGAUCGUGCUUGGUGCCUGCGGAGAUCUGAAGAGGGUAUCAGAUCCUAUGGUACUGGAUUGAAGUGAUUCUGAAUCACUAUGUGGGUGUUGGGUAUCGAACUCCGGUCCUCUGCACGAGCACAAAUGCUCCUAACCACUGAGCCACCACUCCAACUCCAGCUUCCUUCUAAUGCUCCUCGAACCAUGAGCACCAGCCCUUGCCUCUUCACAGGGUCUGACCUACUUUAACAUCUAUCACUAGGGGAGGAUGGAUCCUUUAUUGAACUCAAAAUAAUUCAUCCCCCUUACUGUGGCCUUCAAACCUAGCUCUUAGCUCCCUCUCUGGUGUCCCAUCCACUUGUCAUCCUGUGCCUCCCCUGGGUCUUAGUCUAGGAAAAGGGGAAUUGAGAGAUGGAAGUGGUCUGAGGGACAGAAGUAGAUAAGUAUAAGUCAAAUCUGAGACGAGUCUGCAGUCUAAGAGGUUAAUCCACAUUAGCGCGUAGGCAGUGGCUGAAGCAAGGGUUUCAGGCUAAUGGAAGAGGACCAGGGCCAGUGCUUGGGAGGCACUCAGGGGCCAGGCACUUGGAGGCUUAGAAACAAGACCAUCUUUGCUGGGAGGGGGUGCCUGAAGACAGGACCCUGAGCAGUAGGAGACAAGAGCAUAUGAGCCCCGGACUAGUGAAGAACUGAUGUUCCUAGUUAGCUAGAACCCUAGCUGAUAAAGGAUGGGCAGUCGUCCAUGAUGUGUGAGGUCCUGGGUUUGAUCCCUGGCACCAGGAAAAUAAUAACAAUAAUCAUGGAUGGGACUCAGAGAUUUGGGACUGAGAAAGUCAAUGACAAAGGCAGACUUGUGGCGGACUUGGUAGGAGAAAAGGGCAGACAGCAAAGUUCUUCACACUCUGUCUGUAGCCAAAAUAAACCUUACAACAAGGCUCAGGUCUAGAACCAGAAGGCACAGAGACCAGAGCCAGGCAACCCAUGCUAUUUCCACACCAAGAUCAAAACUACACUCACAUCCAUGCCAUAGCUUCUAAACACAUACAAGUCAAGGACACUAAAGGCUGGUCCAUGAACCCCAAAAGGCUGUGACUGCUGGGGAGCCCCACCACCACUCAGGUGAAUGAAACUCAGUGUGAGUAUGAUCCUGGGAGUAGCCCUGAGGAGGGUCUUUGGGGACCAUAAGUGUUUGUGGUUGGCAUGGUAACCAGGAGACUAUGACAUACUUAAGGGUGGGCGGGGUCACAGAACACAAGCUUUAAAGUAAGUGAAUCAUGUGUGGCUCAUUUAAUUUUAAAGGAGGACUCUGAGCUGAGCUUAGAACAAUUUUUUCCUCUGAGUGCCAUUUCCCAAAGGUACUCACAGAACAAUAAGGUGUGACCAUAAUGGCUGCACUGAGUUGUCUUUUGGACAGUGUUAGGAGGGACAUAAAGAAGGUGGACAGAGAAUUAAGGCAAUUGAGAUGUAUCGACGAACUCAGCUCCCGCUGCCUGUGUGACUUAUACAUGCAUCCGUACUGCUGCUGUGACCUGCACCCAUACCCCUACUGCCUCUGCUACUCCAAGCGAUCCCGCUCCUGUGGCCUGUGCGACCUCUACUACCCAUGCUGCCUGUGUGACUACAAGCUCUACUGCCUUCGCCCAUCACUCCGCAGCUUAGAGAGGAAAGCUAUCCGCGCCAUUGAGGAUGAGAAAAGAGCGUUGGCCAAACUCAGAAGGACGACGAACAGAAUUCUGGCCUCCUCUUGCUGCAGCAGCAACAUUUUAGGGUCAGUGAAUGUGUGCGGCUUUGAGCCUGAUCAAGUCAAGGUGCGAGUUAAAGAUGGAAAAGUCUGUGUGUCCGCCGAGAGGGAGAACAGGUAUGAUUGCCUCGGAUCCAAAAAGUACAGUUACAUGAACAUCUGCAAGGAGUUCAGCUUGCCGCCAUGUGUGGAUGAGAAAGACGUGACCUACUCCUACGGGCUCGGCAGCUGCGUCAAGAUCGAGUCUCCGUGCUACCCUUGCACAUCUCCCUGCAACCCCUGCAACCCCUGUAACCCCUGCAGCCCCUGUAGCCCCUGUGGGCCCUGCGGCCCCUGUGGGCCCUGUGGCCCCUGUGACCCCUGUAACCCCUGCUACCCCUGUGGAAGCCGAUUCUCCUGUAGGAAGAUGAUCUUGUAAGGCGUGUGUAAGAACCUAUGUCUUAGCAGAAGUCAGUUCUCCAGCCAGGCAGCUCUUCAGCAUCUCUCUUCCCCUUCCUAUAGCCCGUGUGGUUCAAGUAGGUAGGAAACUGAAUACAUAACUGCAAUCUGAUGCCGCUGUGUGCUAGUCUUUUGCUAUGACCCCCUCACCCCCACCCCAGAGUUAGCUGAUUGAAGGAUUAAAGGACAGGAUAGAAGGUGAGAUGAGAUCUGCCCUCCACAUCCUUCAUAUCCAACAACCUCUAAACUCACAGGCAUUCCUCGACACUAAGUAAUCCUGUGAAAUGGCCCUGCCUGAAAAGAACACGCUUAGGGUAGUUUAGGUGGAAGAUAAUACUCAGUGAGGAUUUGCUGGUGAUGUGACCUCCUUCCCAAGCCCAACAGGACUGUGGAUUUUACCUGGGGACCAGACAAUCCUUAAAAGAAUACAGCAAUGUGCGGCAUGUCCGCAGAUCCCAGAGCAGGGCAGCCACUGAACUUCAGUGUUUCAGCAUUCCUGCAGCUUCGACUCUCCCCCUCUGGCUCAAGGUAGUUUGCAGUCUCCUGGGGAUUUAUUGCAACUCUCUUUUUCCAAUUCUUGAAACUGGUUUUGGGCAGAAGGUCAAUGCAAAGGUCAGGAGCAGGAGAGUACAGUUUCAGCAACUGAUGGUGUAGUUCACUUGUGUUUGGGUCCUUACUGACGUAGCUCAAGAGCCGUUGUUUGUUUUUGAGGUUGGUCUUACUGUGUAACUCUGACUGUCUGGAAAACUCAUUAUAUAAGAUAAGACUGGCCUCAAACGCACACAAGUCUACCUGUCUCUGCCUCCUGAGUGCUGGGACCACGCCUGGCUCUUGAUGACUAGGGAAAAGGGAAGUAUGAAGGAAGAAUGAAGGGACGCUGGGGAGGAACUGGCUGAAGCUGGUCUCAGAUUCUUAGAGGAAACACAAACUCCUGUUUGCGUAGCUGAGUCCUGUCAUCGCCUGUGGAUUAGUUUCCUCUGUGUGAGCUGCACUGGGGAGUUACCUGAGGAGCUGUAAAAAUAUGGAUGCCAGGCUAAGAAGAUGGUUCAGUUGGUAAGAAUGCAGGCUGCACAAGUGUGAGGACCUGAGUUCAAAUCCCCAGGACCCACUCAAAGUUGGGCAUGACGUGUAACCCCAGCACUGGCCUAGCCUAAGUAAUGAGCUCCCAGUGCAUUCAGCGUAUUACCUGGGGUUCUCUAGAGGAACAGAACCAGGAGAGUGAGUGUACAUUUAAAGAAACAUAUUCAGUUGGCUUACACAAUACGGUCUGGGCGUCUAACGUGGCUGCCUCACACCAAAGCUGCAGAGAACGCGGCCGUUUCUCAGUCCACAAGGCUUGCUGUCUCAGCAGUCCCAUUCUGACACUGAAGGGUCCUGGGGAGCCUGGUCUUCAACCCCUGUUGGAAGGUCCCCCCAGCAGGGUUCUGACGUCAGUGAGGGAACAUGGCGGUGACAGCAGCAGUCAGCGCUCGUGAAUGUGCCAGCCAGAGCAAAGGCAAGCAUUCGAAAGCAAAGCUUAUUUCUUGGGCCUUUUUUUUGGGCUGCCACCAGAGCACAGCCCAUGUGUGGGGUGGGUCUCCCCACUCCACAUAACAGAUGGAGAAAAGCCCUCACAAAUGAGCCUGGAGGCUUGCCUUUCAACUGCUUCCAAAUCCAAUCAAGGUUACAUUCAAGAUUAGCUGUGACAGUGAGAGACACCUCUCUCUCUAAAGGAGGUAAGGUGGGGAACAAGGGAAGACACCCUUGUCUUCCUCAGGCUUCUGCGCAUGCACACAUAGCCACACAUCCCUACACUCAUGUGCAUACACAAUACACACCACACCAUACACAGCACCACAGUACACACACAUGCACACAUAGCCACAUAUCCCUACACUCAUGUGCAUAUACAAUACACACCACACCAUAUACAACACUACAGUACACACACAUGCACACAUAGCCACACAUCCCUACACUCAUGUGUAUACACAAUACACACCACACCACACCAUACACAGCACCACAGUAUACACACAUGCACACAUAGCCACAUAUCCCUACACUCAUGUGCAUACACAAUACACACCACACCAUACCAUACACAGCACCACAGUACACACACAUGCACACAUAGACACACAUCCCUACACUCAUGUGUAUACACAAUACACACCACACCACACCAUACACAGCACCACAGUAUACACACAUGCACACAUAGCCACACAUCCCUACACUCAUGUGCAUACACAAUACACACCACACCAUACCAUACACAGCACCACAGUACACACACAUGCACACAUAGACACACAUCCCUACACUCAUGUGCAUACACAAUACACACCACACCACACCAUACACAGCACCACAGUAUACACACCUGCACACAUAGACACCCAUCCCUACACUCAUGUGCAUACACAAUACACACCACACCAUACCAUAUACAGCACCACAGUACACAUGC